AUGCGAUUUUUUUGCUGUCUAAUCUUUUUGUCAUGCAUCUUCGUGAAAAAUUCCUUCGCUAAUAAUAAUAACAACUAUAUUCUUUGUACAUCACAUUGUUCAGACGUCAGACUUUCAUUUGUUCAACCAUUAACAUUUCCUGAAGAAUGUCAAAAUAAUAAUACUGUGACAAAUAUUCAGGCUUAUGCAUUAGCCUGUAUUAUUGAAUAUCGUAUCAAUUAUGAUUUUGAAGACAUUAAUAUUAAAUUUCAAGCUAGUAAUGAUACAAAUAUAUUCGAAGAUCGCAAACCAAGUGAAUAUCUUACUCAAGAAAUAAGGUUAGAUCUUAAAAAACAUAGAACUCAAUCAAAUGAAGUAACACGAAUAUAUCGUUGUAAUUCAAAAAAUGAUUGUGCAAGAGAUUUUUAUUUAAAUACAAUUUAUGACUUAGUUAAUGAUGGCCAAAAACAAUUGAAUAAAAUUAAAGGAAAAUUAUAUACAACUAAGGCAGUAAUAGGUGAAUCAUCAAAACGACAUUGUAUUGAUAAUAAUUUAACAGGUACUAAAACGUCAGAAUUAUGUGGAUAUGGUUUAUGUUUUGUACGUCAGAAAAAUUAUACAUUGAAUCAAGAACGAACUGAAAAACAACAAAAAUGUUAUUUAGAAGAAAAUUCGCCGUCUUUAUUUAGUUCUAUUGAAUAUCAUGCACCAAAACCAAAUGAAAAUGACAAUGAAUUACUUGAAUAUAAAUGUAAUAAACAUGUUUGUAAUAGAAAUGAAAUGAUUCUAAUAAUUCAAGAACUUAUUAAUCAAUAUACUCGAUGGAAUCCAAUAGAAGAAACUAUUCCUGUUGAAGAAAAAAAAGCAAGUUCAUCAAUGAAACAGACAAUUUCUUCAUAUAUCGUAGUUUUAUUUUUAAUUCUUAUUCAAUUAUUCUUUUAA